AGUCGCUCGCCGACACUCUCGCCGCCAGCACGCGAGAGCCGCGAUGCACGUUGCCUUCGCUUGACGCAUUCAGUCGCGAUCCGCGUGUGUGUGCCACUGUGCCCUCUCCGUGAUCCGAGAUCGAAGCUCGUUUGAACCGCGUGCAGUGUAGCUGCAGCAAGUGCGCUCCUUCGGAUCCUAGCCAGGGUCCGAGUGCAGCGAACAGCCGGUGCCGGUGGACAGCAGCACGCGCCAGCCGCCGCUCAGCUGAUCGGCACGUCUGCCUACGAGCGCACGAGCACCGGCGGUUGUCGUUCGGCAAGCAGCGCAGGCGCGAGCGCCGUGACGGUCGCUAGCGCGGGCGCAGGCGCGGGCGCGGGCGCGUGCGCAGGGCGCAUGGCUAGCGCAGGGGCGCAGUACCGCGGCGGUGCGCAGCAGUGGGCGGCGGCCUAUGCGCCGCAGCCCUGCCGCUACCCGCCGCCGCAGCCGCAGCAGUACGCUGCCGCACCCAGCCCUUAUACUCCACACCAGUACACGGGCACUGGAAUGGGUGGAGGAUGUGGCGCGGCCGGUGGUCGCGUGCCGACGGCGGCGUCGCCAGCCAACACGGCGUCAUCGUCGUCGUCCAACACCGGCUCGGCCGGUGGCACGCGCUCCACCAGCCUGAGCACUGCGCCGCCGCCCCCGGCCUCAUCCGCCUCCACUACCGGCGCCGCGGGCGAACAGCUCAGCCGCACCAACCUCUACAUCCGAGGCCUAAGCCAAAACACCACCGAUAAAGACCUUGUGCAGAUGUGCCAAAUGUAUGGCAACAUAAUUUCAACAAAAGCAAUUUUGGAUAAGAAUACAAAUAAAUGUAAAGGUUACGGUUUUGUAGAUUUUGAAACAAUCGCAUCGGCUGAGGCAGCUGUUAAAGGAUUACAAGCCAAAGGUGUUCAGGCCCAGAUGGCUAAAGUGGGUAUCUGGUUCCUGCAUAGACUGAACCGUAUUUGGAGAGCAACUACUUCACCUAUUACUCCGGGGCAUUUACAGCAACAAGAGCAGGAUCCCACCAACCUGUACAUGGCCAACCUGCCACCGCACUUCAAGGAGAAUGACGUGGACCAACUGCUGGCCAAGUUUGGCCAAGUGGUGUCUACUCGAAUCUUGCGUGACACCCACGGCCAAAGCAAAGGUGUGGGCUUUGCAAGGAUGGAGUCCAGGGAGAAAUGCGAGCAGAUUAUCCAAAUGUUUAAUGGAAACCCAAUUCCGGGAGCCAAGGAGCCUCUACUAGUUAAGUUCGCUGACGGCGGUAACAAGAAAAAGGCGCUGUACAACAAACAAAACGAUAACAAUGGGAGAGCAUGGCGAGACAACAACGAUUCCAUCACCCAGGCCGCAAUGGCUGUAAGUGGGGUUUACGCCGGAGGAGUCGGCGGAGCAGGAGCUGGAGGCGAAUGCGCUGGAGUGUACCGCGGCGGCGGCAGCGUGUACGGCGUGGCGGCGUUCCACCACCACCCGCAGCUGCACCACCACCACCACGCGGCGCACCCGGCCGCCUGGCUGGCGCCCUACGCCGCGCUCAUCCCGCCCGCGCACCCCGCGCACCACGCUACGCACCCCGCGCACCCACAUAUACCCAUCGACGCUGUGCCUAGCCAAUACGUAAACUGGGACAGCUUAAGGCCGGAAAAUGAGUUAUACUACUUCUCGUCGCAUCCGUAUCAGUACUUCGCGGGUCCGACACCACCGAUCAUCCAGAUGCCGAUGGAGAGCGAGCACGCGUCCACGGCAGCUUCACCCGACGAGGCCUACCAGCCGUACCCGCCCCCCAAGUAGACCGUAAGCCACGCUACAACACUACGUGCUGUACACGAGCCAAAAAUCAAAGCAACUGUGACUUUUUACGAUGUUAAUUUGUUUUAGUUUUAAUUUGCGGCCGUUAUAGACUUCAUCGAAAGCUCCGCUGCGCGGCGCCCUCGCUCCGCCGGCGCUCUAUCUAGUUGUUAAGCCUUACUGUACUUGAUCGCCUCGACUAUUUAUUUUCUCGACGGGCUUCGUAUUUGGCUGGUCCUCUUGGCUUUAUGCUGGACGUUCGAUUUGCUGUGAUGUUUUGAUGAGGUCUUUUGACGGUUCGAGGAGAGGAUUUGAUGUAUAGAUAUAGUUGCAAUUUUAAAAGUGUUUUGCAUUAUAAUUUUAUUAUUGUUUUAUGAAAAUUCAUAAAGAUUUUAGGCGCAGAUUUCGUACAUGUUGACAGAAUUAUUUAAGAUAGUUAGGUAUUUAUUUUAGCAUAGAUUGUUUUCUUGCAUGAAGCGACAAAUCAAACUUGUCCUCAAUGCAAAGAAGUCGGUAAAUGUUAAUAUUUUAUUUUGAUUGCUAGUGUCAUAUUCAAAGCCGUAACUAUUCUGUUACCGUUUGUUUUUGACAGCGAAUUAACAUAAACAUCACUGAAAUCAAAUAGAUGGUGCAAUCACGUUUUACAAAACUAUACCUAUAUAUAUAUAUAUAUUGAAAUUUUUAGAAAAGAUAAUUUGUGUCACUUUAUUUAAAUGAAUUUUUGUUACAUUGGAGUGUAUGAAGAGAGCAAUAUCUGAGAAUCGUAUAGAAAGAUAGGUGGAAAAGGUCAUAUCAUGGAAUCAAAAAUAUAAACAAAAAUUGUAAAGAAUAAUGAAAUGAUUAGGUAUGUGUGUAAGGGUUAGUAAUGGUGGAUACACCGCUUAGAUCUUGUACGAUAAAAAGCCGGAGAUUUAGAAUCUACCGAUGAGUUUAGGUAUUUUUAAAAUACAAUCGUUGCGUCAUUUUAUAGUCGGAAAACAUAUAUUCAGGCAGCUCUGCGUAGUCAAACAUAAGUUUCGCUGCAGGAGCUCGGGAGCAGUAGCUCCGGCCUCGAGCGAGGAGUCCACCAUCCACGUGCGAAUUGUGUAGACUAAUAUACGUUUAGCAUGGUGCUCUAACUCAUUAUGUUCCCAGAAUAUGUGUAUGGAUAUGUAUAACAGUAUUAUUUAUCAGGAACAAUGUUCAUACUGGCGCAGUCUUCCAAAGAUCGCGAUUCUUUAAGGUUAUGGCUCACUGACCCAACGAGCGCCACGUGUAUGGGCUGUCAGCCAAUUUAAAUUUACCUUUCAAUGAAUAAUAUAAAACACAUCAACCUCACUGAACAAUUCUAUUCCUUGUAAGAGGUACACAAAGAAAAUAUUCUUCCUUAAAGUCAUAAUUUUAUCAUCACAAAUAGUUUUAUCGUAAUCGGUUUAGUUUCCCCGUUUGUAGAUGCGAUUAUUAUCAAAUUCCAAUAACAAUAACGUCGUUGCCAAACCCGAACACAGACUGAAUUUAUGUAUACCUACUCGAGAGUUCGUUAUAUUUGUGAUCCGCGUUUAGUUCAUACACACACUGCGAGGCGUAGCGUGUAGCGUGCUGCGUACACGACUCGUGUACUACGACUACUGCAUGGGUAAUGACUUCCAACGGUGACGUCUGCGCUUGUAGGCACGACAGUGCUGCUGAUACGGCAACAUUUAGCAAUAAGCAGUUGUAUGUAAAGUCUAUUUAUACAUUUUACGAGUCUAUACAAAUUUUUGUACGUUGAAAACACGUGAAUAAUGAAAUGAUCCUUUUUUGAGAAUCAUGUACUGAAUCAACUGUAGUUGUUAUUUUGUAGGCGGUCGGCACAUUCCAUUAGAGAAAACUCAAACAAAAACUCCACGAUUGAUUUCCACAUUAUAAAAUGUAAAUGGAUUUGAAAUCCAAAGUGUAAGUAAACACCGUUUUGGUGUAAUUGAGCACUUUUUGUACCAUCACGUAGGUUUUGGGUACACUUUAUGACUUUAUAUGAAAUUUGAUAUUUUUAUAUUGAAUAUAUAUAAAUUAUACAUGGAUAUGUAUACAUGUAUAUACAUUGUUGAUGGGUACGAGUAAAAGCCUACUAUAUCGCAACUGUUUAAUUCUAUUUUGGCACGCAAGACAUCAGAACCAAAGUAUACAAAUCAUUAAAGUCGAGUAAGAAGUAGGAAAAUAUUUAUACAACUCAGGGACUGAAGACUAGUUAAAUGUUUGAUAUAUUAACUGUAUUUUAACUGACAAUUAAGCGGUAACCUCUUUGUUCAAAACCUGUGAACCGACUUAAAAGAAACAAUACAGGAACUGAAACUAGCUGACGGCAGGUUUUGAAUGAAUUAAACGUAGAUUUUGGACGAGUAAGUAGAUCUGUACUUGAUUUGUAAACAAACAUUUUAAUUUAUUCAGGAAAAGGCUGAAACUGUACUGUUGUUCUGUAAUCAAUUACUUUUUCAUGUGUACAUACAUUAGCUCAACAAGUUUUCGCCGGUCACGUAAGUAACGUGACGUACUGCUAAACAUCUUCCAUGUAGAGGCACACGUUGACGAGUCACGAGUGUGAUCAAUGAACUAACAAAACGCAAACACGUAGGUAGCCCCAGAUAGUAGUUGUAUUAGCUGACUGCCGCCUGUACCUACGCAACAACAUACGACCGCAGAGCCGACGAGGCUCGCCGCAACCUGGCUCACGUCAAGUCUAAGUGAGAUUUUUAUUAGUGUAACGUUCGAGUGAGACGCGUGAACCACAAUACUCCGUAGAUCAGUGGCGGCCCCGGUCGACGUCUGAUCAACCCAAAUUUUAUUGUACUGAAUAAGAACCGCCUUUACUUGUGAAAUGUAAUAACCAUAAAGUGCAAUGUAGUACCGAGCGUCCGCGUCGCGUGGUACUUAGUUAAGUAUUGAUCGUUUAGUGUUCCACGUACUCUGUGGCUUCCUGUAAAUGCAGUCUUCCGAUAGAUGUUUCCGCUAAACUUUGCAUUUAAAAUUGAUGUCAAUGUAUUAAAUAAAUUCAUUUCACGUAAUUACGACAAUCACCAAGCCUUGGUUGAACGUACUGUUAUAAGUGUAUCUUAUGAUUCCCUGGCUCUAAUGUUUUAGUUUCAUUCCAAUGAGCAAAUCGUUGUCUCCGUAAAUCGUUGUAUAAAGCAAAUGUGUAUUUUAGUAGGGGCGUGUACAUGUCCCAAAGGAGCUGACGUAUCGCACGAGAAGUAUUCGUCUAAGUGACUUGUAGUUAUAGCGUGGCACGGUCCUGGUAGUAGAACGCCGUCGAAAGCAAAGUAUUUAGCACGAAAUUAUUUUUCUAAUGCUUCCCUUCCAUUUAAGCAAUAAUUGAUUUGAUGGUAGUGCCUUCAGCUUCCUCUAAAGUAAUGCUCAGAUUGAAUACAAUAUUGCAGUUGCAUGUGCUUUACACAAUAUUUUUACAGGUAAUAGAAAACUUACCGUAUUACAUAAACGUAGUGAUAAUGUAAAAACUAUGUUUAAAUAUUUUGUAUUAACAACAACUUGAUGAUAAUGUGGCUGUCUAAUCGUUGCAUUUCCCACACAUGAUGUAAAAUGGAUCGAACUCGACAGUAACGUAGAUGUUCCUUGUUAAAGCACUUGUACAUUCUAGACAUGUGUGAUAAAUGAUAACAAUACUUUGAGAUUACGGGCGAUGAUUUGUAGUACAUUACUGUGUGUAGCGACACCUAACAAAACUUAAGAUGAGCACAAAGAUGCGAUUGGGGAACCAAGUCUUGAAAACCAAAACUAUGUUUCAACAGAAAAUGUCAUGUCGAUGAAUAGAAAUGUUAAGUAGAUGUUUUUAAAAAUAAGUCAUUUAGAUAUAAGAGAACGCACGGUCACGUUGAUACAGAGAAUAGUAAAGCUACGGGCAGUAACGAAUGACGGCUAGGUUUAGUUGUUAGGCUUAACUAUAGAUAGGUUAGAAUAGAAAAGAAUGUUUCGACGCUAAGAUAGAUAGCAUAGAGCCUUAGAUUUAAUAUAUUGUCGGGCGAGGCGGCGCGGGCGCGCCCCUGCCGGCUCUAGGCUAGUUUCCUUUGUUAGUUUAUUAAAUAAUUUAAUUUGAAUGGACUGAAGCCUGCACGCCGCGCUCGCGCGCCUCGCCCUAGCGUAAGGUAAGGACGUCUAAAAGAAUAGUGAACACAUUCUUGAUAAGUUUCAGUUGAACAAGUUUGCUUUCACCUCUUUCGUUAUGUAGUUGAAUAAGUGUAAAGAAGAAAAUUACAUGAAAAAAAAACGGAAGUGUCGAUACGAAUGUAUUUGUCCAAUGUGUAUUAAUAUAGUGUGGUGUUCUACCCAGCAGACUAGUCUAGACAGUAGAAUAGUUUAGGUAAAUAUUUAGGUAGGUAGUAUUAUAGAAUUAUGAAUGCAAAAAAUAAAAACUUGAUAAAAUGUAAAAAAAAAUGAAAUGAAAUUGUUGGUAAGACAGAAUUAUUUUUAAGGGACAUGUUGCUUCGUUGUGUUAUGAUGUGAGGUUUGGCAUAACUAUGAUAAUAGUGUUAAAGCAUUUCUCGCAGAGAAAAGACAAAGAGGAAAGUUAUGUAUCUAUUUUGUUACAAAGUGUUUGCAAGUUUCUAUAUUGUGCUAUGAGCAUUUUACGUGACCCGCAUUAUUUAUAGUUAUGCUGAAUGGAAUCUAAAAUAUAAUAUUAAUAAAUCAAAAUGGUACUAAGAAGCAUGUUUUAUUGUGACGACUCAUGUUCCUUUGCAUUGAACAUAUUUUGUAAGAGCAAAAUGAUUGAAUAAAACAAGCGAAACCAAAUCUA